CUCACAGGAGGCAAGCCCCCGGCCAAUCAACCUCCCCCUGUGCGAGUAACUGAAGAGCCCGUGUCCACAGCCACAGUCGUGGAUGAGGCAACAGUGGAUGUUCUGCUCACUGGAGGCAAGCCCCCGGCCAAUCAGCCCCCUCAAGUGCGAGUAACCGAAGAGCCCGUGUCCACAGCCACAGCCACAGCCAUGGAGGAGGAGGCAGUGGAGGUGACUCUAAGGAGGGCCGUGCGCUUCUAUGAGACGAUUCAGGCGGAGGAUGGGCACUGGGCGGGGGGCUAUGGCGGCCCUCUCUUCCUCAUGCCGGGUCUGCUGAUCACGCUGCAUGUGAUGGGCGCCCUGGACCCGGUGCUGACAGCCGAGCAGAAGGGUCUCUCUUCUGUGGCUGUGCACACAAGUGCUGACAGCAGAGCACCGGAGGGAGAUGGUGCGAUACUUCUACAACCACCAGUGCUCACAGCAGAGCACAAGAGGGAGAUGGUGGGGUACCUCUACAACCACCAGAACCCGGACGGCGGGUGGGGGCUGCACAUAGAGGGCCACAGCACCAUGUUCGGCUCGACCCUCAACUACGUGCUAGGCGUGUAUGACUACAGAGGCAUCAACCUUAUGCCGCCUGAAAUGUGGCUGCUGCCCUACUUCCUCCCCGUACACCCCGGUCGCAUGUGGUGCCACUGUCGCAUGAUGUACCUACCCAUGUGCUACAUCUACGGCUUGAGAGCCCACGGCCCCACCGACACGCCCCUUGUUGCGGCUCUUAGCGAGGAACUCUAUAACGAGCCCUGCCUCCAAAAUGCCCACUUCCAUCCCUCCCCUCCUUCCCUCCUCCCCUCCUCCCCUCCUUCCCUCCUCCCCUCCUCCCCUCCUCCCCUCCUUCCCUCCUCCCCCCCUUCCCUCCAUCCCUCCUUCCCUCCUCCCCUCCUCCUCUCCUCCUCUCCUCCCGUUCUCCUCCCCUCCUCCUCCCCUCCUCUUGUCCUCCCGUCCUCCCCUCCUCCCCCCCUCCCCUCCUUCCCUCCUUCCCUCCUUCCCUCCUACUCUCCUCCCCUCGUCCCCUCCUCCCCUCCUCCCCUCCUCUCCCCCUGUCCUCCUCUCCUCCCUUCCUGCUCUCCUCCCCUCCUCCCCUCCCCCCCCAUACCCCAGGAGGACCUGUACUUCCCGCACCCCUUUAUUCAGGACUGCCUGUGGGGACGCCCCAUCGGGCCGGUUAAUAAGGUGAUCAACAUGCUGUGCUGCUGGCCUGACAAGCUCAUCCCAUUUAUGCGCCCACUCCUCCCCACUCCUCCCCACUCCUCCCCUCCCUUCCCCUUCCCCCCCCUCCCCCCCUUCCCCUCCCACGUGAUCAACAUGCUGUGCUGCUGGGUGGAAGAUCCCAACAGUGAUCAACAUGCUGUGCUGCUGGGUGGAAGAUCCCAACAGUGCAGCAUUCAGAUACAGUGCAGUCUGGCUAAUUCAUCCCUCUUAUGCUCCCACUCCUCCCCACUACUCCUCACCCCUCCCCUCUCGCAGGUGAUCAACAUGCUGUGCUGCUGGGUGGAGGAUCCCAACAGCGAGGCGUUCAAGAAGCACCUGCCACGCGUGCCGGAUUACCUCUGGCUGGCCGAGGAUGGGAUGAAGAUGCAGGGGUACAACGGCAGUCAGCUGUGGGACACGGCCUUUGCAGUGCAGGCGCUGCAUGCCGCCCACAUGAUGGAUGAAACCCACCGCGCCCUCAAAAUCGCUCACUCCUACCUCGAACGCUCCCAAGUCCAGGAGGACUGCCCCAGCAAGCUAUCAGUGUGGUUCCACCACAUCUCUAUUGGCGCUCCGCCCAUCUCCACUUUCCAUUCAUCUCUCUUCUCCUCUUUCCCUUACCGCUACCGCUGCUGCCAUGCAACCAGCCAACCAGGCAUCGCUCAUCUUGGAGGCCCUUCCGCCCCACCUGGUGGGCGAGGCCAUUCCCGAGCGGCGGUUGUGCGACUGUGUGGACGUCAUUCUCUCCUACCAGGUCAGUCAGUGGUGACGUCAUUCUCUCCUACCAGGUCAGUCAGUUAUGACGUCAUUCUCUCCUACCAGGUCAGUGGUGACGUCAUUCUCUCCUACCAGGUCAGUGAUGACGUCAUUCUCUCCUACCAGAACAAGGACGGGGGCAUGGCCACAUAUGAGAACACACGCUCCUACCCCUGGCUUGAGCUACGUGGAGUGAGCAUGUGCAUGUGCAUCCGUCCAGGACCUCACAGCGUUUCCGAGAGCACACUCAACGCUCUCCCUUCCGUGCUUCCUAUUGCCCUUAUCUUCACAACUCCCGCCCCUCCCAGCUACGUGCAGUGCUCGCGUGCAUCCGUCCAGGCCCUCACAGCGUUCUCAAGAGCAUGCAGAAGUAGCGGGCUCAUGACAUCCCAACCCGACCACCCUAAUUCCUGCUCCCAUCUCUUCUCCCUUUUCUGCCCUUCCCCUUAA